AUGGUGGUCGCGAGCCUGAGCACUGCUGCUGAUGUGGGAAAGGAACAGUCAUCUCUUGCGGCGCGGGCUGGUGGACAAGGGGUGUGGCAUCCGCACGCUUUCGCGGGGCGGGGACAGAGAGGCUUGUGCCCCUUGGGAGGCGUUCGUUCCCUUAGCACCAAUGCCAAGGAAGACGAGGAGGAUAAGGCUAAGGAGGGCGGAGGGGCAGGGGGAGAAGCGGAGCAGAGCAAUAGCAAGGGCGAGGGGGAGGACGAGGACGAGGACCAGGAGGGGUUGGCGGAGAAGCUCGCGAAGACGGAGGAGCGGCUUAUGGACACCAAGGAGAAGGCUUUGUAUCUGGCAGCGGAGAUGGAGAACGUCCGAUCUAUAGCUAAGAAGGACGCGGAGAGCGCCAGACUGUACGCCGUGCAGAAGUUCGCGAAGCAGCUGCUGGACGUGGCAGACAACCUGGAGAGGGCGAUCGCUUCCGCCAAGGAGGCCGAGGGGGAAGGCGGGGGUGACUCUUCGCACGACGUGCUCCUCCAAGGAGUGGAGAUGACAAGCAACGAGCUGACGAAGGUGUUCCGAAGCCAGGGGCUAGAGAAGUACGGGGAGGUGAAGGACAAGUUCGACCCUCAUCUCCACGACGCCAUGUUCGAGUUCGUUAACCCUGCACAAGAGCCCGGAACUCUGGGUCAGGUGCUCAAGUGCGGGUACACGUUGCACGGCAGAGUCAUCAGGGCUGCUCAGGUUGGCACUGUCAAGGCGGCGUGAUGCUCGCGGAUCUGCAUGCCCUUCACCGCUGCUGCUGCUGUGAAAAAAAAACGCCGCUAGAGGUCAAACGAAAAUCCCGGCGCUUUGCGGACAGGACACUUCCGACACGCUGUUCCCGCGGUUAAUUAUUUUCCGUCGUAGCUCCACGGGGGAUCGUUGGAAAUCCUGUCCGCGGGGACCCUUUAUUUUUUUUUGCACGUCACUGUGGCGGAACAUUUGAUAUUUCGGCAUGCACGGAAAGUCGGAAUAAUUGUUGGGCCGAGUCAUUUUUGUCGAUUUUGUGUUUGCUUCCUUCUUUCUUUCCUUCCUUGUUUGCUCGUGUGACCGUGACCGGUGAAACGAUUUUUGCUGCUC